UGGUACGCGUAUCUAAUGAUAAAAGAUUUGCUCUGGAAAAACUGAUUCUAAUGCAAUUUUAUACACUUACACGAGACUAGGUCUUCUCUUGGACAACCGAUCGAUUGUGUGUCUCCUUGAUAUAUAUGUACAUGGACGUUCCUGCUCUUCUUCGCGUCGGUCCUCACUUGAGGAUGAGAACAGAGCUGCGAGCCAUUUCCAACGACAAUUUAAAUAAUAGCUUUCCGACAGUGCAAUUGUUAUGAAAUCUUAAUUAUUUUGGCAACUGCAGUUCAAAGAAACAGCUAGUAAAGUUAUCAAAGUUGUGGUCAAAAUGCCGAAAGGAAAAGGAGACGCCACGGAAUAUCAGCCUUUACUUAAAGGCUUUAAGGAUACCGAUCGGGGCAUUCGGCUGCCUAGCAAGUCACUUCUGCUAGCCGUUUCUGCAGCUGGCAUUGGAGGAACUUUUCAGUAUGGCUAUAAUGUAUCCAUCAUCAAUGCUCCGACCAAGUCUGUGCAGAAUUUUAUCAACCAUACCUGGCUUGAGCGGUAUGAUGCUCACAUCGCAGAGGAUGUACUCACCUUGCUGUGGUCCACAAUAGUGUCUAUUUUCACACUUGGAGGUCUCAUCGGAUCUUUUGUGGGUGGAACGCUGGCCAUUAAGUUCGGGAGAAAAGGGGCACUGUUAGUAAACAACAUAUUUGCUUUGCUGGCAUCUCUGUUUCUGGGCUUGAGCCGUCCGACUGGAUUGUUUGAACUUCUGAUUUUGGGACGUUUGAUUUCCGGGAUAAAUGCAGGAGUUGCCCUAUGUGUUCAGCCCCUCUACCUGGGAGAGAUUGCCCCAAGGGCGCUCCGUGGUAGCAUGGCGAUGGGGACAUCCAUCUUCCUCACGGGGGGAAUCCUGACGGGACAGGUGAUUGGGCUUGAGGAGCUGCUGGGCAGAGAGGAGCACUGGCCUAUCCUGCUGUCCACCACCUGCAUCCCUGCGGCUCUCCAGCUCCUCACACUACCCUGGUUCCCUGAGAGCCCACGCUACCUACUCAUCGACAGAGGGGAUGACAUAGGAUGCAGAAAGGCUCUGAAACAGCUGCACAGCACUGAUGACUAUCAAAAGGAGAUGGAGGACAUGGAGAAGGAGAGAGUCAGCGCUCUAGGAGUCCAGCCCAAAAAGCCCUGGGAGCUCUUUAUGGACUCCAGUGUUCGCUGGCAGCUCAUCACGGUGAUACUGCUCAACUGUGCCCAGCAGCUCAAUGGCAUCAAUGCUAUUUAUUUCUAUGCACACUACAUUUUUAAGCGAUCCAGGGUCCCAGAUGAGAAGAUCCCCUAUGCUACAGUGGGCACAGGAGCCUGUGAGUGUCUCACUGCCCUCACUUGCGGCAUUCUAAUUGAUUCUCUGGGACGUAGAGUGAUGAUCAUCGGAGGAUAUUCACUCAUGACAUUGUGGUGCAUUUGUUUCACCCUGACUCUCACCUUCCAAGAAGCAAGUCCAUGGGUACCCUAUCUUAGCAUGAUUUGUGUCUUUGCUUUUAUUUUGAGCUUUGGCCUGGGACCAGGCGGAGUCACCAACAUUCUGGCCACUGAGCUCUUCACCCAGACGGCUCGACCUGCUGCUUAUAUCAUUGCAGGGUCUGUCAGCUGGAUAAGCUUCUUCUUCAUAGGCAUGGUGUUUCCGUUCAUCGUGAACGGCCUGAAGCAGUACUGCUUUCUCGUGUUCAUGGUCAUUUGCUGCCUGGUGGUGAUAUACAUAUUCUUCGUUGUCCCUGAGACCAAGAACAAAACAUUCCUAGAAAUCCAGCUGGAGUUCCUGUCCAGAGAUGCGAGGAAGCAGCGCAAAUCAGAUGGCAGUGAGGGCCAUGGAGCAACACUGCUGUCAACACCUCUGUAAAAGCCUUACCCUUUGUGUGUAUGGAAGGGAUGGUAUUUCACUUACAGAGCAGGACUGUGUCAUGUGGUUACAUGAUCUUAACAGGCAUCUUGAGUAAAAAGACACAAUAAUAUGUAUGAGGAUUCACUUGUUAGAUGUUAAUUUUCAUCCUGAAUUGUAGACAGACUGCAGUAAGAAAAGGUAUAAGGGGGUGAGUGUAUUCACUGGACCUAACACAAACUUGGUGCCAUCAGUUUAAGCGUUAACACGCGAGUACUGUAUUUAGAAUAAAUUUGUAAAUUUAUGAUUAAACUGUUAAGACCUACAAGGUUGCCAACAUAGUGCUGCUUAAAUGACAAAUACAAGCAUGCUCCAAGUACUGUUCUCUUAAAUGGCUUUAUUGUA